AGAACGACAUUGUAUUGGAUAUUACAAUCUAGUGCCUAGCCCACAAUCUGCCUUAUUUUACAUAGAAAAGUUUCGUAUUUUCUUAAACAAAUUCUUUUUAUAUUAUUUUAAUGAAUACUGACGAGAGGGAUACAAACUUAAGAGAGAGUGAUGACCGUUCACAUUUUGUAGCUGUUACAACUAUAUCGGAUUCGCAAGCGAUUCGGAGUGUUGAUUUUCAUCCCGAUGGAAAGCUUUACGCGGUGGGAUCGAACUCUAAAACCUUCCGAAUUUGUCAAUAUCCUCAACUGUCUAAGCUGAGACAAGAUCAACACAUUUAUCCGCCAUCCGUUUUAUGCAAACGGACAAAACACCAUAGAGGCUCAAUAUAUUGCACAUGUUGGUCGGCAGAUGGAGAAAUCGUUGCAACCGGAUCAAAUGACAAGACCAUCAAGUAUAUGAGAUUCAAUAAAGAUACUAAUCAGCUGGUUGGCCAUGAGGUGGAACUGAACAUGCAUGAUGGAACUGUCAGGGAUAUGUGUUUCCUGGACAACUCAUCGACGAAAUCGCGAUUGCUUGUCAGCGGAGGAGCUGGCGAUUGUAAGAUCUACGUCACAGACUGUGUGACAGGAAUGCCCUUCCAGGUGUUUAGUGGUCAUACCGGGCACAUUUCAUCCCUGUACAGUUGGAACAAUGCAAUGUUCGUGUCGGGAUCACAGGAUCAAACGAUACGAUUUUGGGACCUCCGGGUGAAUGUUGCAGUUAACUCCUUUGAUAGUGAGUACAAGGGAGGAGCUCUGCAGAACUCUCCAGUAACUGCAGUAUGUGUGGAUCCCACAGGACGACUUCUUGUCUCAGGACACGCAGAUAGCGCCUGUGUACUUUAUGACAUUCGUGGAAAUAGGAUUAUACAACGAUUCUAUCCGCAUGACGCCGAAAUCAGAUGCGUUCGAUUCUCUCCAUCUGCUUACUAUAUGCUUACGUGUAGCUAUGAUAACACCAUCAAGCUUACAGAUCUGCAGGGCGAUCUAGCAAACGAUCUUGCCUCAGUGGUUGUGGCAAGGCAUAAAGACAAGGCUAUUACAAUCAGAUGGCAUCCAACCGAAUUUUCCUUUAUUUCGACGUCUGCGGACAAGACGGCCACAUUAUGGGCACUACCUCCAUCUUAAUCUAUGUAAAAUCCAUUUUACAUCAAUAUUUCGGUAUAUUUGUUAGAUGCUACACGGAUUGGAAGAUAAAAUGUUGGGAUUCACUUUAAUUUGAUUGAAAAGACAUAUUUAAUAGUUAUUAAUAUUUAUUCUAGUAAUUUAAAUUGGGUAAAGAGAGCAAAGACCUAUAUAUAACUCGUAACUUGCAUUUUAUGCGUAUUUUGUAUAAAAAUUCACAAUAAAGUUUUAACAAAAUAAGUCUCCAC